AUGGACUGGGCGGGCGCCGUGUACCGUGGGUGCUGCCACGUGGGCAAGGGCCACGUGGAAGGGCGGCUCGGCGGUGAAGGUCUGCACUUACAGGCGUCUGCCAAGGAGGAAGCUCCACGUGAUUCGACGAAACGCGCCCAAUCUCCAGCCGACCAGUGCUGCUGUGCCACGUGUCAAGAGCUCACCGCCACUGAGUGUGUGACUUUAAGAGGCGGCUGCGCGAGGGUGAAGCGUUGGCGUUACCUGCCUUCCUCGUUGCCUCCCCCACCGUCCACGUCAGCAGCUGCCGACACGACAGGCAGCGGAAGCACGAGCAGCGAGCAGAGACCAACAGCGUCAGAUAGCAUGCCGUCUCAUACGCCCGAGCAGGCGCAGAGCUCUGGAGAGGUGGACUCGUCUGCCUUUGCAGGGAGGGAGAUGAUGGGGCGUCUGGCAGCAGCAGCAGCGUCGCACACGAACUUGCUGCCGAUUGUGGGAUUCAGCUGCUCGGAAGAGCUGCUGCUGGUCUUCCGCUCCAACCCCUCUGCACGCUCCCUCGAAUACGCCCUCGCAAGAGCGGGGUCCCCCUCUGCUCUCUCCUCCUGGUCCGCUCGUCUCUCCAUCGCUCGGCAGAUAGCAGGAGGGUUAGCUCACCUCCAUUCACACAGCUUUCUGCACGCAUCCCUCCGUCCCGCCAACGUGCUUCUGCACGCUGUUGGAUCAACGCGUUGCAGCCCCCAGCCGCCAAGCCAUCUUUCGGACCAAGAGCAACGGUGGUGGCGCCACAUGCUUCGGCGGAAGGCUCGGGCCGAAACUGCUGCUCAGGUCCGGAUGCAGCUCGCGGAUUACGGCAUGCCCUGCCAGGCCCGGGACGGGCAAGGUUUGGAAGGGAAGAGCCUCGGCCCGGCUUGGUCCGGUGAGGUACCACCAGGCUUCAGCGCUGGUGCAGUGGUGCACUGA